UCAGAUUGCACCUUUCACUGUACUCUGAUAGUCAAAGAUGCAAUCUGGUCUACGAAAGUUACUGGAAAUUGUGGUGUUCUGGUCAAAGAAUUCAUUUCAUUUUUAACCAGCGGGGCCCCAUAUUCUUCCCUCUAAGAUAGAAUAUGCCGGCGGCUGCGACUUUUGUUCUUUCCUCUUCAUUUCCAUUUCUUCUUCUUAUAUCAUGGAGACUCUGGUUUAAUUCUGGUCGUUUAACUUGGGUAUGAAAUAUGAAUGACCCAGCAGCUGAUAUGGAGCGCCACACUGGAGAAAUCUGUGCAGAUAGCAUGUUCGAGAGCGGAGAAGAAGAACUCGCCGGACAGGCAGAGGCAUGGAAAUACACAUUUGCGUUUGUGGAGUCUUUGGCAGUAAAGUCGGUCGUUUUGCUCGGAAUCCCUGACAUCAUUGCACGCCAUGGCCCCAAAGCAACGCUUUCCCUCUCACAAAUCGCAGCGGAGCUGCCCAGCGAAAAGCCCGACGUCAAUUGCCUGUUCAGAAUCCUGCGCUUCCUCGUUGCCAAGAAUUUUUUCAGGGCCGAAACGAGCGAAGGGGCGAAUGAGGUGAGAUACGGGCUAACCCCCGUUUCUAAAUGGAUGGUAAAAGACGGCGGGGCGGCGCCCUCUCUCUCCAUGGCUACCAUACUGCUUAUGCACAACGACAUGACGACAAUGGCCACGUGGCACCAUCUCAACGAGAGCGUCCUCCACGGUGGCGUGGCUUUCGAGAAGGCUCACGGCCUCCAUAUGGGGGACUAUAUGGCCGCGCAGCCUCAUUACAAAGACCACUUCUACAAAGCCUGGGAGUGCAACAACAAAAUCGUGAUGAAGGCCAUCUUGUCUAAAUACGAGGGGUUUCAGGGCUUGAAUUCCUUGGUAGACGUUGCAGGCCGCACAGGGGCAGAUCUUGCAGAGAUUGUGAAGGCCUAUCCAACUAUUAGUGGCAUCAAUUACGAUCUUCCCAAUGUCAUAGCUACGGCUCCUCAUUUCCCAGGGGUAAAGCAUGUGGGAGGAGACAUGUUGAAAGGUGUGCCAUCCGGGGACGCUGUAUUCAUGAAGUGGAUCUUGCAUGAUUGGUCAAACGAGGACUGCGUGAAAAUUCUGAAGCAGUGCAGAAAGGCGAUUCCAGAGACAGGGAAGGUGCUAAUUGUGGAUACGGUUCUGAACGCCCGAGAGAAGACGGCGGUGGAUCCUAGUUUGGGUUUCGCGUAUGAUCUGGCAAAACUUGCGUUUACUAGCCAUGGUGGGAGAGAGAGAAGUGAGGAGGAGUGGAAGAAUGUGUUAAAGGAAGGAGGAUUUCCUCGUUCAAAUAUCAUUGCCAUUCCAACACUGGCGUCUCUGAUUGAAGCUUUUCCUUAUUAGCCGCUUUUGUGUAUCUAUGCACAGUGUAAUUGCUUGCUUCACUUAUUAGUUCUCAUAUGUUCCACCUUCUUAUCGCCUUAGGUAUCAUGAGAGCAUAGACUACCAAUUGUGUUACAGAAAGAGUCUAAAAUAAUGUUGGUUCUAAAAAUAGGAGACUCUACAGGCUAAGACUGUUUUUAAGCCUAUGAGAAAUUAAGAAUAUUCUAUAUUUAAGACCGUCCUUGGCUUUUCAUGGCCUGCUUUGCUGUUUGCUGCCUUAUGAGUCUUUUUUAUUGUCUAGCUACCGUGUUUUGGGCCUCUCUUGCAUGGUAGUAAACUAAUUUGUUGGCGUUCAAGGGUUAAGGUCAUCUAUAUGAGAUUUAAAAUUGAUAUGAAAUCUCAUAUGGUAAAAUUUAAGAAUCUUCUUAUAGGGAAGAUAUUAUGGAGAAUGAUCAACAAAGCAGAAUUUCAAUAAAAUGAUAACGAAAACAAAUUCUGGAAAUGUAAAUUGAAGUAAACAAAAGAUAAUAUUGUUAGUCCCUGCCUUAUAAGGCAGGAGACUAAUGUUUUCAGUGC